AGCAGUUUAAUGAACAUCUUUGAGCAAUAUACAAAAUAGUAUAUUGGUUUUAAGAAGUAAAAAAAAUCAGAAUUCAAACUAAACAGCGUUUAAAUGGUCUAGGUAUAGACUUUGCGCGUCUGAUCUGAUUACGCGCAAAGCCUAUAUUUACGGCUGGGAUCUCAGAAAAUAGUCUGAGCCCCUCUCUUUGUGAAUAAAACCGGUUUUUUACGGAACCGUGGCAGCCCGAGACGUGGUUCGGACUGGUACUUCGAGUCAUAGUAGCUCAGUGGUUAGAGAGUCAGAUUUCGGUUUAAAGGGACCGGGGCUCGAUCCUUUAGUCCCACUGAGUGCGUGCGAUAUACAAGCUCGUAAAAUCUGAGGAAUCGAAAGUCUAGUGGUUGGUCACUGAUCAUGGGCACAGGUAUCGGAAGAAAAUUACCUUCCUCUUCAAAUCUAUGUCUAAAUUGAGGAAGUGGCCCCACAAAUGAAUUCACCCCUGCUGCGAUUUAAAAUUGUCACGGCAUGUCUUCAGAUCAUCCUCAGGGAUGUGUCCCAGACCAUAGCCAAUGGCCCAGUGUGCUGCUCUAGUGUUACGUGAGCGAUCCACGCACCUCUGAUCGCCGUCGAGAGAAAAGGAACACUCUGUUUUUCGCGGGAAAAUAUAUUGCAUCAAUCACGCCCUUGUUCUCUCUCGACGGCUGUCUAAUUGGAGUGAAUUACAUGCGUGGAUAACAUGCAGAUGGCGUGAAUUACAUAAAGCAAGAAUGGCCUUUAAGAAAACUGAGAAUAUUGUUCAGAGUUCGUGAUUGAAGCAGAGAAAGAUAGUCGAAAGCGAUAGAUAUUGAUAAUCACUCAUGUACAAAGAAAACAAUUAACAAAACUAACAUCCUUAAAUUUUUUAUGUGUUUGAAUUUCUAUAAAAACGUAAUUAUAGCAAAUCAUGGUAACACAUCUCAUUCCUUGUUGUAAAGGUUUGUUUUCUGCCAAUGUGUUAAGGUUAAGAUUUUUUGUGCUCAAGUGCAUAAUUUUGUAAGAAAUAUGAUCAUGGCAAAUACGAAAAAUUUCAGUGUGUUUCGCUUCGAUUUAUUUAAAAAGAAAGUUGCAAUUGUGACUGGUGGGGGAACAGGAAUCGGAAAAGCAAUUAGUACUGAACUUUUAUACCUAGGUUGUAAAGUGGUUAUUGCUUCAAGGAAGGAAGAACAACUUCUAAAAGCUGCUGAGGAAAUGAAGAAUACGUUAAGAGAAAAGUCUCCUGAUGUUAUAAGUAUUGUCUGCAAUAUUAGAAAAGAGGAAGAGGUUAAAAAUUUAGUUCAAGCAACUUUGGCCAAGUAUGGAAGAAUUGAUUUUUUGAUUAACAAUGGAGGUGGACAAUUUCUCUGUCCAGUUGGUGAUCUAACCACUAAAGGAUGGGAUGCUGUCAUAGAAACAAAUUUAAAGGUCCAGGCAGUAUAUGAUAAAUGGAUGAAAGACAAUGGUGGUGUAAUCAUCAAUAUAUUGAUAGAUUUUGAAAGAGGCCUACCACUAGCAGCGGUUCUUCCAUAUAUUCUGAAACAGCUGCUAAGAAUUAUCCCAUUAAUAUUUAUGAUAUGGUUAAAGAAAAUAUUCCUUCCAAACGCCUGGGGGUGCCUGAAGAAAAAUCAUCUCCUGUUUGCUUUUUACUUUCUCCUGGUGCAUCAUUUAUUACGGGGGAAACAUUUCAUGUUGAUGCUGGUGGAAGACUUUAUUCUCCUCUACUGUGGAAAAUUCCUGAUCAUGAUAAUUUACCAGUGUUUGAUGGAGAAAACUCUUAACUGUGAUUGGUGUAUAUUAAAAGUUUAUAUUUUUGGUUGGAAAAGAUGUAGCAUUGGGAAUAGGGAACUAACCAUCUUUGGUUUGGAUUGGUACCAAGAAUGUUCGUUUUACUCUGAUUGUGCAGGUUGGUUUCAAUUAAAGGUACUCUGUUUAGACCAUAUUGGUGGACAGAUGUUGAUGAAACUUGGUAUGUAUUUUAUAUGGAUAAUAGGAAAAAAGAAAUCUUUAAUAAAAAAAUUUCAUAUUUCUAACGAUAGGUGUAAUUUUUUAUGUAUGAAAUAAAACUUUAAUGCAAUUUUGAACAGUUUUAGAAAUCCAUUGUUACUGCCUAUAAUAUCAUUCUGCACCUUAGCAUUACAGAAGAAAUAAUUGCAAAAGUUGAUUUCUUUUCUGAAUUCAAAGACAAUAGGGAAUUACAGGUAGAGGUGUGUUGCAAGAGAAAGGUAAAAGUAGCUUUCAAAUAGAAUUGAAUUGAAAGCAAACGUGAUACAGCCAGGUUUCUGUAAUAGAUCAAAGAACCAUUUGUUAUGAAUUGGUUGAAUUCUGUUUAUCAUGUUUUGAACAUGUGUUUUGGUAAAACUGCAAUGCACAUUGAUUAUGCCCUAUGUUUAAAUAAAAUUUCACUUCACCGACAUGUUUUUUAUGUGUACCUUUUUCUCAUCAAGUGGUUAAAAUGCGAACUAAUAUUUUUUUAUUGCAGAUUUCUUUUUUCCCAUGUUUUAUAUUAUUAAGUAUGUACUAAGUUUCAUUAACAUACUUCAACCAGAAACGAAUCUGUGUUGGUCUUAACAGGGGAAAGUGUUAUUUAAUCACCCUGUUUACUAACAAAAUUUAUCACAAUAUCCUUGUACUUUUUUGUUUCUCUAAUUUUACACUUACCUUAAUUCUAUCUUGCAUUUGGAUCUAUCAACUUUUUUUGGCUCCUAAGAAGUACAAUAUAUUGCAUGCUUACUAUAUAAAAUGCAUUUAAGCUCACUUUUAGCAAGCCCCCAGAUUUAACAAACGAAUCUAGAAUACUUGGUUGGUGCAUUAAGUCUAUUGGAAUAUAGCUCGCUUUUAACG